AUGAAAUAAUGCCUUAAUAAGCUUUUAGUAUUAUUGAAUCUGGCAUGUGAAGCUAUCUUCCAAAAAAUGAUAGAAAUCCUUUACAUAGGAGAUAUUAUCAGGCCUGAAAUUAGAGAACCUGUAAUUCCGACUCUAGAACUACAGCCUAUUGAUCAGUCAAUAAAAUAGCCCUUAACCUUGCAUUCCUCAUCAUCUACUCCUGUUUUUACAAAAAAUGAAUCUAUCUAUAGAAGGGCAGAAUCUGAAAAAGAAUUUAGAAAGUGUAAUAUACCAAAUCUAGGUGACACCAUCAAUAAAGUUGAUAGCUACUCAAGAGACAUAUCAUUACUAAAUUUAUUUGAGGAUAGACAAGAUCCUCAUCAAAAUCUAAAUUAAUUAGAUAAUCAUAAUAAUAGAAAUAAAUUACAGCCAAUAAUAGAAGAACAUAAAGUAUUUAAUAAUCUAGAAAAUUUAGAAUGUGAAGAAAUUAAUUAAAACCCUGAAAAUCAUUAAUAGCAUAUCUAAAAUCAAUAAAACAAUCAACACUCUCAAGAACAAAUAACAUAAGAUUAAUUUUAUUCAAUUAUUGAUAAUCCAAACAAAAUUACUUAAUCAGAAUAAUUUUUUAGCAUCAUAGACAGAAGCUCUUUUAGACAUAGUUUUAAUAAGAAUUUGCCAAAAAAAUGA